CGGAAAUAGGCUAGUAAGGCUGGAAGCGGCGCGUGGGUCUCUGGCUUCUUCGAAUUGCGGCUAUGGGUCGAGUCAAGCACCAGGAACCUGAGGAAGCGCCGGAGACCGAGCCAACAACCCCAGAACGGUCGUACCACGAGCUGGUCGCAAAUGUAAAUGCUAUUGCGCGGCCGUUAGCCUCUCGGAAGCUCACACGCAAACUCUACAAAUGCAUCAAAAAAGCAUCGAAGUUUAAACAGAUCCGGCGAGGGGUGAAAGAGGUCCAGAAAUUCAUCAACAAAGGCGAAAAAGGAAUCACAGUUCUUGCAGGAGAUACAUUGCCUAUUGAUGUUUAUUGCCACAUUCCCAUCAUGUGUGAGGACAGGAGUCUUCCCUAUGUAUAUAUUCCAUCUAAAACGGAUUUGGGAGCAGCAGCAGGCUCAAAACGCCCAACCUGCGUUAUCAUGAUAAAGGCUCAUGAGGACUAUCAAGAAGCUUACAAUGAGUGCUUGGAGGAAGUGGAGGCUCUUCCCCUUCCUUUGUGAAGAACAUUGAUAACGGAUGCUAUUAAGACUCCAUGAUAUGAUAUACUGGAUUCUGUAGGCUUUAUGUGGUUAAAUAUCAGUUUCAUGCCAGUUUGAUAUGACAGUUGGCCUGGAUUGUUGCACUGAGGAAUAUAUCAAGUGACCUAUUGAGAGCCUAGGAACCAUGGCAGCUAUGCUGUAAUCAUCUAUUUUUGAAGAGUUUUGGUGGCAAUUCUUGCUGGAAAUAUGUGUUAAAAUGUUGGCCGAUGUUCAUCUCUAAAAGAAUUCUAGACCAUUAGCACAGAGGAACUGUUAAAUAAUAAAAAAGAUGUGUAGCUAUA